AUGCUGAAAGAAAAAGAACGAAUAUAUCUGAUAAUUGAUGCAUCCGGAUUCACCUUCAUCGACUAUACCGGCGUCGAAAGUCUGAAGAAUUUAUCGAGCGAUUUGAGGAAACACAAUAUAGUAGUGAUGGUGGCUGCGUCCAAAGCAGCAGCACGGUCGCUGUUUGCUCGGUGCAAUAUCUACAAUACUAUACCGGCUAAGAAUUUCUUUCCGUCCGUUCACGAUGCUGUGUUAUUUGCCAAGGCCAAGCAGCUGGAGGCCAGAAAUUCUGAAAAAGAAGGGCAAUUUGGAUGGCUUUGA